AACUAUUCGAUUUGAAUCGCUCAAAAUGAAUUUCUGGUUUUUUUUUUCUCCGAUGAAGGUGAACAAAUACGAUGGGAAUUGGGAGAAGCAAUGGUACGGAGCAGGGAUCUUCGUGGAAGCGAGCGAAGAAGUGGAAGUGGAUGUGUUCAAGAAGCUGGACGAGUAGGGCCGAGGAAUUAGGGCUCACAGUGUCCUCCAUCGGGAAGCUUGGUUUCUUCUCCAAGGCAAAGGAGUUGGGAUUGCUGAGUUUGCUGGAGAAAGUCGCUGGCUUCUUGCCGUCGACUUUGGCUUCGUUAUUGCUACCUCUCUCUGUGGCUGCUAUGGCCGUAAUCGUUGUGAUUCCCGAUGAUUCGGCGGCUCUCAAGCAUAAACACAAGCAGAAGAAGAAAACCGGAAAUUUCAACGAUGGCUCUCAUCGUGAACACGAGCAGAAGAAGAAAAUCAGAAUUUCAACGGAGUGGGUUGGGAUGGGGUUUUGAAGGAAGUAGGGUUUGGUUUCCUCCUUAAACCGGGUUGUAGAGAAAACCAAGAUUUCAAACCGUUUU